AGGCUGAUAAAAGAAGGUAGGAAGUAAAAUUGUAAAAUUUUGAGCAGUGGUUGUGAAAGUCCGUCUCGCCUCGCGAUUUCUACAAAUUGUGUGUGUAUGAGUGCGUGCGCGUGUCCAUUCUUGUAAGUACCCGCUUCCAAACGUCUCUCGUUUCUCCCGGAACACACCCCAGAGUGACCUCUAACCUAGGCGCAGUGUUUCACUCGCACAUCGAUUCACUUACUUGCACAAAAGCAAAAAGGAGAACUAGCGAUCCGCCAUUUUGCCGUGCACACAUACUGUUGUGUCAAACUGAAAUGAACCAGUUCGACAUGUAUUCUUCGCUGGGCCGUCAUUUCUAGCUGGACCCCGCGGAUCAAUGGCAAUUGUAACACCAUCCCCGAGGAACCGGCGUGACUAGGCGGGCCCAGUGCCGAGGGAGGGAGCCAUGGCGUCUGGCAGCCAGACGCCGCGUGCCCAGAACAGCCACGGCCUGAAGCAGAUCGACUUGGACCAGAUAUGGGGGGACCUGAAGGAGGGCAUCGAGCAGGUCUACACCAACAAGGAAGACAACAUGUCAAAGACGCGCUACAUGCAGCUCUACACACACGUGUACGACUACUGCACGAGCGUGCACCAGAGCGGCAGCCGGACCCCCGCGGCCAAGACCAAGAAGGGGCAGCCCGUGGGGGGUGCCCAGUUCGUGGGCUACGAGCUGUACAAGCGUCUCAAGGAGUUCCUCAAGACCUACCUGGUCACCCUGCUUAGGGAUGGCAUCGACCUGAUGGAUGAGGAUGUGCUGCGGUUCUACACAAAGGAGUGGGAGGAGUACCAGUUCUCGAGCAAGGUGCUCAACGGGAUCUGCUCUUACCUGAACAGGCACUGGGUCAAGCGGGAGUGCGACGAAGGACGCAAGGGCAUCUACGAGAUCUACCAGUUGGCGCUGGUUUCCUGGAGGGAUUACUUCUUCAAGCCUCUGCACAAGCAGGUCACUAAUGCAGUGCUGAAGCUUAUAGAGAAGGAGCGCAAUGGGGAACUCAUCAAUACUAGGCUUGUCAGCGGAGUGAUGAACUGUUACGUGGAGCUGGGCCUGAACGAGGACGAGCCUUCGGCCAAGGGUCCCAACCUGUCGGUGUACAAAGACGCAUUCGAGAACACCUUCCUCGAGGACACAGAGCGCUUCUACAACCGGGAGAGCAUGGAGUUCCUCAGGCAGAAUCCCGUCACCGAGUACAUGAAAAAGGCGGAGCAGCGGCUGACGGAGGAGCAGCGGCGGGUGCAGCUGUACCUCCACGAGACGACGCUGGAGGCCCUGGCCAAGACGUGCGAGAAGGUACUCAUCGAGAAGCACCUCGAGAUCUUCUACACCGAGUUCAAGAACCUGCUCAACGAUGACAAGAACGACGACCUGGGGCGCAUGUUCCAGCUGGUGUCGCGCAUCCUGGACGGCCUGGGGGAGCUGCGCUGCCUGCUGGAGGAGCAUAUUCACGCCCAGGGCCUGUCGGCCGUGGAGCGUCUGGGAGACGGGGCCGCGCAGGAGCCCAAGCUGUACGUGUGCACCCUGCUCCAGGUGCACCGCAAGUACAACGCCCUCGUGCUCACCGCCUUCGGCAACGACGUCGGCUUCGUGGCCUCCCUCGACAAGGCCUGCGGCAAGUUCAUCAACAACAACGCCAUCACGAGACUAGCCAACUCUUCGAGCAAGUCCCCCGAGCUCCUGGCCAAAUACUGCGACAUUUUACUCAAGAAGAGCUCCAAAAAUCCAGAAGAGUCUGAGCUAGAAGAUACUCUCAAUCAAGUGAUGAUAGUUUUCAAGUACAUAGAGGACAAGGACGUCUUCCAAAAGUUCUACAGCAAGAUGUUGGCCAAGCGGUUGGUGCAACACAUGUCUGCCAGCGACGACGCAGAGGCCAGCAUGAUCUCCAAGCUCAAGCAAGCCUGUGGCUUUGAGUACACCUCGAAGCUGCAGCGCAUGUUCCAGGACAUUGGAGUGAGCAAGGACUUGAAUGAGCGGUUCCGCAAGCACAUGGCAAACUCCGAAGAGGCCCUUGGAUUGGACUUCAGCAUACAAGUCUUAAGCUCAGGGUCCUGGCCUUUCCAGCAGUCGUUAGCCUUCGCACUGCCCCAGGCGCUGGAGCGGAGUGUGCAGCACUUCACCAUGUUCUACAGCAGUCAGCACAGCGGGCGCAAGCUCCACUGGCUCUACAACAUGUCAAAGGGAGAGCUCAUCGCAAACUGCUUCCACAGGAACCGCUACACCCUGCAGGCGUCGACGUUCCAGAUGGCCGUCCUGCUUCAGUACAACAUUGAGCUGUCCUUCACGGUGCAGCAGCUCCAGGAGGGCACUGCAAUCAAAAUGGACCUGCUGCAGCAGGUGCUGCAGAUCCUGCUCAAGUCGAAACUGCUGAUGUGCCAGGACGAGGAGGAGGAGCUGCGGGGGGACUCCGUGGUCUCUCUGUUUGGGGGCUACAAGAACAAGAAGUUGCGGGUGAACAUCAAUGUGCCCAUGAAGGCCGAGAUGAAGGUGGAGCAGGAGGCCACUCACAAGCACAUCGAGGAGGACCGCAAGCUGCUCAUACAGGCAGCCAUAGUGAGGAUCAUGAAAAUGCGCAAGUCGCUCAAGCACCAACAGCUGCUGGCCGAGGUCCUAAAUCAGCUCUCGUCGAGGUUCAAGCCAAGGGUGCCUGUAAUAAAGAAAUGCAUAGACAUCUUAAUAGAGAAGGAGUACCUGGAGCGUGCGGAGGGCCAGAAGGACACCUACAACUACCUCGCCUGAGUGGCAAGGGAGCGGCAGCCGGCCAGAAGCCACCUGGGGCGCAAGACCCAAGAGAGGCACCGAGAGGGAGGAAAGCCCCCUCCCCUCCCCCAGGGUGCAAACGUCGUUGGACCAAACUUCGACCUCGACUCCGAACCCUGCGGUUCCGGUGCCUCGAGCAGCAGAAGGCAACGGAGGAUCACGUUUGCUGUGUGACUGAGGGGUUUUCUCUUUCUGCGAACUGUUUAAAGAAGAAAAACAAACUGACUGUUGGUUUCUUUUUUUUUUUUUUUUUUUCCUUUGGUUGUUUUUAAGGGGGGAGGGGGGGGAGGCUGAGAGGAGAAGGGCCUCACACUAAAUAAAUGUAGAAGCUUUCGUGAGAUGAAGGCGGGGCAAAAAAAUGAAACAAAGAAAAAUAGGAAGGAAGGUUUGUGUGUGUGUGUGUUGGUGCCAGCAAGCGUCAUCCCAGAUGGACCUCGGUUGGGACCUACGAACCUAGCGGAUAGACUCUGGAAGCCGAGGCAAGACGGUGUCACACGACACCUCUGCGAAAAAGCAAAUGCAUUCAUGCCAUGGCCAUUGAUGCCCAUGCCGCAUCCAAUUCCUUGGCACCUUUUUUUUUCCUCAUUUUUUUGUUUUAGUAAUUUCUUUUUAUUCGCACUGUAAGUAAAGCGGGCCAACCCGAAUGUCGGCGACGCAUCGAACCAUCCUGCGCUAAAUAAUAAUUUAACACCAGCAACCUCGCGAGUCUUUUUCAUUUUGGCGGGAAAUUGAUUCCGGGUAUGAUGCGCAAUGUGCUAUCUCGAUCGCAGUUGAAGUACCUUCUCUUUUUUUUUUUUUUAUCGACGUGGGUUGUAAGCAACUUGAGGCUUAGGUACUGUGGAACUUUAGGAGCAAUAAAUGAUGUGCACGGGGCAGAUUAAGGCAGCCAGGUUCACUGUACGCGUUGCCAGUUUUUGGUUGAUCGCCGUCGUGCGGAGUAGCGAGGCGACGUCUUGCUUCCUUGCCGCUCGCGCGCUUCAGAGGUGCCGACGUGUCUGAGGAAGGAUCUCGACGUUCCCUUCCUUACUCCUGUAAACAAGAAGCGGUGUUCCAUAAACAAAACAAAAAAAAAAAAAGUUGCUUGUUUUACGAA